UUUAAUAGCAUACUUCGACGUGGAUCGAGAGCGCAGUUCUGACUGUGGGAGCGCCUAGCGAGAACCCGCUGAUUGCAUUCUUUCAGACAGCAUAACCAGCAAUCAUGCCUCAAAGGCGGCAACGAGUGCCCAACAGCGCGACCCUCCCGCGGGUCCCCGAGGAGGCGCCUUUGGACUUGAUUCAGAAAGGGAGGGAGGGCGCUCAGCGCGGCAGGGGCAUGACUCCCAGCGGUGGACCAAGCUCCACAAAUCCCUCACCCGCCUCCGCCGCCUCAGCUGCUGCUGCUCCUGACAGCCAGAACCAGCAGGGCGCCCGUCGGCGCCGGCGACCCGGCGGGUUCAUGCUGGUGGUGGCGGCAGGGGUGGCGGCAGGGGUGGCGGCAGGGGUGGCGCUGACCGUCAAGCAAAUGAGCGCCAUCGAGGACAUUUCCAAGAAGCUGGCCUCGCUGAGCCAGGACCAGGCCACCAUCAAGGGCCGGCUGGACAGCCUGGAGCGGAGCGCCCUGCGGCUGCCUUGGCCCCGCCGCUAGCUCACGCACGUCAGUGGCUGCAGCGCAUGAGGGCAUGGGGUGCAGGAGUACGCAUGUGUGCACGGGGAGGGCAGCCGCAGCGUGGGGAACAGAAUUGCACUGCGGCACGGGGUGGUGAGAGCGAGCGAGCACGCUGGACUGAGGCUGAGACUGGCGAGGUCAGCAGUUUAGAAGGCUGCAGCAGUGGAGUGCAUGGCAGCGGCGGCAGUGGAGGGCGUGGCGUUGAACGGGAGACACACGUCGGGGGCAGAGUUGUGAGCGCCCCCGUGUGGCGCCGUGGUGUGGUGUUGUAGGACGGGUGACGGGCGUAGGUGAAGUGGUUGGGCUGCAGUGCUUAGGGAGUCCCAGUCUGCGCAACUUCGCAACGGGCAAGGAAGCGCUCGGGCUUAGGGUUUACCUAAGGAAGCGCUGGUGUGCUUAGCGAGAUCCCCCUCGGACCCCCCAAUGAACUUCGUUCAUUUGUGUGUGCCGCUCCCGGCUGGUGUAUGGGCAGCGGGAUGCAUGACGGGGGGCCGGGAGUCCAGCAGCAGGGGCAAAGCAGGGUGUGUGUGACAGUUUGACCGUCGACUGCGGCGAGGGGGAACAAGCUCUGAAGGUCGGUGUAGCGAGCGAUAGCUGUAAGGCGACUCUGCUGCGGGGUCGCGUUGGUGUUUGCCGAGCGCUUGCAUGCCAUGGCUCAGACAUUCCCGCUUGUCGCUGGAUACGUUUAAGAUGUAUGCAAU